AGGGGAGAGAGGGCGGAGGAGGCUGGCUUUCCUUAAUAACAUCCCUCUCUCUCUCUCGCUCUCUCUCUCACUCUCUCUUUACCAAACACUUCAGAACCUGCUGGGCACAUAACAACUACACACAACAUCGGUGGACUAUAUUAGCGCAAUAAACCAGCGAGGCAAGGAUACAUCUAGAAUCAAGACUUUUCCGCGGGGGUGAAAAAGAACAAGACAACGGUCAAUUCGGAUCCUCUGCAGUCUCCUCUCUGAGAUAUGGCGCUGGGGUUCCUGAGCUUCUCUUCAUCCAUUCCUAACCUGUGGAUUCUUCUCAUGGUCAUCGCAGUCCUUUCUCAGCCAGGAUAUAUGAGACAUGACGUUCUCCUCCCAGAUGACGGUAAAGAUAAUAUCACAAUCUUUACCCGAAUCCUCGACAGACUGCUGGACGGCUAUGACAACAGGCUGAGACCUGGCCUGGGAGAAAGUGUAACUGAAGUGGAAACAGAUAUCUACGUUACAAGUUUUGGACCAGUUUCAGACACUGACAUGGAAUAUACAAUCGACGUGUUCUUCCGACAGAGAUGGAGAGAUGAGCGUCUGAAGUUUGACGGUCCGAUGAAGAUCCUCCCCCUUAAUAACCUGCUGGCGAGUAAAAUCUGGACCCCAGACACAUUUUUCCAUAACGGGAAGAAAUCUGUAGCCCACAAUAUGACCACACCCAAUAAACUGCUCCGCCUGGUGGAUAAUGGAACACUGCUCUACACCAUGAGGUUAACAAUCCACGCAGAGUGUCCCAUGCACCUCGAGGACUUCCCAAUGGAUACACAUGCUUGUCCAUUAAAGUUUGGAAGUUAUGCGUACACAAACUCUGAAGUGGUUUAUAUUUGGACCCUCGGCCACGAUAAAUCUGUGGUGGUGGCAGAGGAUGGUUCUCGCUUAAACCAGUACGACUUGCUGGGCCAUGCUGUCAGCACUGAAGUGAUCAGAUCCAGCACAGGAGAGUACAUAGUGAUGACUACGUAUUUCCAUUUGAAAAGGAAAAUUGGCUAUUUUGUGAUUCAGACAUACCUCCCAUGCAUCAUGACUGUCAUUCUGUCCCAGGUAUCCUUCUGGCUCAACAGAGAGUCAGUGCCUGCGCGCACAGUGUUCGGUGUCACUACCGUCCUCACAAUGACCACCCUGAGCAUCAGUGCUAGAAACUCUUUACCCAAAGUGGCGUACGCGACGGCCAUGGACUGGUUCAUAGCCGUCUGUUAUGCCUUUGUGUUUUCUGCACUGAUUGAAUUUGCAACGGUGAACUAUUUCACCAAGCGGAGCUGGGCGUGGGACGGUAAAAAAGCUAUGGAGGCCCAGGAGCAGAGGAAGAAGGAUUCAGCACCGCUUUCAAAGAAAGCCAAUAACACAUACAAUAUUGUUGGGACGACCUACGCCAUCAACAUAGCUAAAGAUCCAGGCUUACCUACGAUUUCAAAGAGCGCGGCCACAGCAGCUGCAGCAGCGGCUCCCGUCAAAAUCCCCCAAAUGGAAGAAAGUCCCCCGGAAAGCAACAAAACCUACAACAGUGUCAGCAAAGUGGACAAGAUGUCCCGCAUUAUAUUCCCUGUGCUUUUUGCCAUUUUUAAUUUGGUGUACUGGGCGACCUAUGUCAACAGAGAGCCCAUCAUUAAGGGGUCAAGCCCUAGUAAAUGAAAUUCCCAUACACGGUCAGGUUUUGUUGUCAAAACAUGAUUUUUCUUUUUUCUUCUUCUGUGUACCGCUAAAACUGUUCACAAGAGUUGUUUAAACAUUCUCCUUUAUUCUCUAUGGAUAUCUUGUCACAAAUUACUGUGAUUCUGUCAAAGCAAGUUAAAGAGACAAGUCAGCUUAGUUAUUUCCUAGGUUUCAUUUGCUUGUAAGUAACAGUUCAACAGCGGGAUUCAGUCAAGUUUCCUGCAUUGCAUUAAGCUUAGCUAGAGUUCUACAACAGAAGUAUUAUAUACAGUACGUAGUCUUUUCAAGCAAUAUUAUCUGGUAUAUACAAUAGUCAUAAAACACUGAUAUGUUAACAAGGUAGAAUAUAAAUACUGACUCACAUACAAAAAAAAAAUCUUUCUUUUAGCAGAACAGCUAAUAUCCUGAAGAUGUAUACUGUAUUAUAGUGUUACAUAUUUUCUAAUCUCAUUGCAUCCUUGUCUGUCUAUUUGUUGGUAGUUUCCCUUUAAAAUAAAAUUGCAUUCGGCAGGUGUUUUGUAUGUUGAGGUUCCUUAGCAAUAGCCACCACAGGUACUGAUUUUGUUGGGGAUUCAUUGUGGCAGCCCAGAGACUGUCAACAUACAUUUACUACACUUCAAUAUGUUGUUCCUUUUAGCCUGCACUACUGUACUGGCAGAGUAUAUAGCAAAGACUCUUGAUAGUUUAGCUCAAUGAAUCCAGCACUGGGGAGACAGUAGCUUACGAUACAACCUGCGUCAUUAUGAAUUUCAAUUUUCAACCGAGAUUUUAUUUUUUUUAAUAAUUAACUACAUUUAUAAAAUAAAAUAGACACAAGUUUACCAGUAGAGUAUACAUGAAAAGUAGAUGCGGGUGGGGGGUAUUGAAUUGAUAUAAAACAGUUUCAAAUCUAAAUACCACCACAGUUUAAUUCCUGUUCCUUCCUUUUCUUACACACUGUGAGAGUUGACUUGAUUUCAAAACCUUGGUGUACAAGAGGUCCUAUCCCCAUGAUCUGAACAGUAUCAGGAUCAAGGUCCACUCCUGUGUAGAUCAGCUGAAUAGACCCUGCCUCGGUGGGACGUGUGAACACAACUUCUAAAAAACGUGUAUCUUUACUUGAGGACAACACUUGACCGUAAUUUUUUUGGUUUUUAACAAGAAAACUGUGAUCUUUGUCCGAAGGAGUGUGCCUGACCAUUGUGAGGUCUAUGGCUUUAUCCCUUUCUUUAGCUUGCAUGUUCAAUGGGCGAGUUCAUGUGGGAGUGUUUUCUUUAAAGACUGGAUAUUUUGGCAUCUCCGUCUAAUUGUUCAUUGAUACAAUGCCCCAGUGGGUCCCCGGUGGCUCACCUAGUGAAUGCAGGGCGAGACAUGUGAUCCCAGUUCAAAUCCUGUUGCUGAACUUGGCUGGGGGCCCACAGGGUGGCGCAACAUUUGUACACUGGUAAGAUAUGCUAAAAAAUGUAUUAAAAAAAAUAAUACAAUGUCCCGUUACUGUUAAAGUAUAAUCAGAACAAACCCAAUCAGACAAACCCAUUUCUGGUAACAAGUUACGUUAGUAGUCCCACUGUGUCAUAUUUACAAGAGAACCCUUAAGUCUAUAGUCUAUAUACUCCAGUUACUCAAAUGUGUGUCUAAAAAACAUCCAAACACAUACUGCAUUAGUCCACUUUUCACUUCAACUAUUCAAAGUUUUUACAGUUUAUAUUUCUGAAGGUUGUUACUUCACAAGCCCAUGUUGAAAAUACUAACUGUAUAGCUGUUUCAUGUAAAAUGUUAUCAGUAUACAAAAACACCAAAAUAUUCUUACUGAGAGUGCGUAAAAGGCUGCACUAUGUAAGACUGUAAUAGUUUGGGACACUGCUUUAAAUAGCUGUUAAUAGAGGGUCUGCCUUUCCCCAAAUGUUCUGAAGUACUGUCCCCCUUCCGGGGGGUCGACAGUCUUCCAUGGUUGGGCACUAGUUGGCCUCUGGGGCUGCUAGAUAUUGUCCCUGACUUCCAAACAAUCAAAUUCACAAGCAGACAAUAUAAGAACACCACCACCACAGUCUGAGGCAUUACUGAUGAAGGUGUUAAGCCAAAACGUUUUAAGCCAAAAAGUUGUUAGUUGGAUCUUAUAAUUUAAGAUCGUAAUGAAAUAAAACAUCUUCAGAUCUUUUUUAAAAGGAGUCAGCGAUUCUCUUAAUGAGAUCAAAACCCUAAAGACAUUGAUAGACACCUUGUGAAAACAUUGUCUACAACAAGAAGACAGGAACGUAACCAUAUCUGCGAACAUGAAACCUGAGAUAACACUUUAGAUUACGAGACAUACAAUACUGUGUAAUGACAUGCUAAUAACUGGGUUCAUAAACACCAAUGGUAAAUAGUGGUGGAAUACAUGUAUAAUGACCUGUGCCAUGGGGCUACCGUACUGUGUUAUAACUGUGUAACAAAAUGUUCACAAGGCCAUUUCCAUGUCAUUGUUUAGUAGUCAUCUACUGUAGCAAGAGCAGGAAUUGGUAACUACCCAGUUAUUACAAUGGAAUUCUAUAGCUAUGCAGGCCCUGUAAUGAUCUAGUGCCACCUAAAUCUGCUACUUUACCUUCUGUAGUGGUUCCCAGUGCCUGAACGACUGCUCUGCUGCUGCGUCAAGGGAGCGUGUGAUAGCAGUCUAUGAGAGCCAAAGUAUCCUUUCAUCUUGUAAAGAAACACAUGGGCAAAAUGAUAGAAGUGCAGUUUGUGGAUACAGCUGACAUUGUGGUUGCCUUAUAUUGGUUUGUGUUUUGUGUAACCAUAUAGCUCUGUGUAGACCAGCUACGUUAACCACCACUAGUGAAAAACAAAACAAAAUAAUCAUUUUGCAUUUAGGCCAGCAGCAGUUUAAUGCAUGACAAUCCUACUGAUUUUUAUACUUGUAAAUAAUGCUGUUAGUUGAAAGUCCCCUGGUGAAAAUUAAUUAUUUCUCGUUUUGCUUAGGAUUGGAGUGUUAGCAUUUCCUUGUUAAAUGCAGGUUCCUUUGGCGAUUAUGAGGAACAUGUUUAGAUUGGAAUACACUGGUGACUGGCAUGUAACCCUUUUCUAAUGAGGGUCCAGCCCUUAAGAUUGUAAAAUAUGUUUAAGGCACUUAUAUUUAAAAAGUUUGGGAUUGUUCGGCGUUUAUUUCCAAAAUGAAAAACAUCAAGGUAAUAUCGUGGGAGGACGCAAACAAACUGCAAUAGUAGGAGUAUUUCAGGGUUACAAUACAUCAUUAACACAUAUGUAUUAUGUAGCACUGCAGCUGUGUUGUCUACUUGAAAGAAAUUGAAAAAAACAGCCAACAUUUUUUGAUAAAUCCAGCAAUGCUUGUGUAAAAACUGAAUGGAAAUAAACAGCCUUAAAUGUGUUAUACCCCCCAACACUGGAAGAUUCCAGUUAGGAUCAUGGAUGUGGGUCUUUUAAUUAGGGGUCGGCACCAAUAUCGAUAUUUUGAUAUGAUAUCGAUAUCGUUCGAUAUUGAUAAUAAUUUCCAUAUCGCGAUAUCGUGGGAUUAAAAAAAAAGUCACGUAUUGUCGCAGAGACAUACUUUUUUAUUGCGAAUACUGCUAAAUAUAUAAACCCAGUAUAAUCAAGUUUAUUUUAUAUUAAGAUACAACAAACCCUAUACAUAGCAAUCAUUGUUAGUCUCAUAGGCAAAAACCACACAUCAAGUAUUAUUUAACCAUUUUAUUCCAUUGAUUGGCGUUUUUCUUUUUCUAAGAACCCGAUUUAUAAAUGUAUUUCAAACAUUCAAUAGCUAUAAAUCAAGAAAAACAACAAAUUCACAACCUGUGUAUCCUCUCGUAUGCUCUACUCUCGUUUCUUCACCUGUUUCCUCUCACCAGACAAUCCCUUAGAGCAGGGCUACUCAACCCUGGUCCUGGAGGGCCGCCGUCCCUCCUGGUUUUUGUUCCAACUGUACCCUAAAUUACUUAAGUGGACCAAUUAAGUGCUUAUUAGAAGCUUAAUUGGUCCAAUUAAUCAAUUCAGUGUACAGUUAGAACAAAAACCAGCAGGGACAGUGGCCCUCCAGAACCAUGGUUGAGUAGCCUUGCCUUACCGGAAAUUAUAUCCUGUUUUCAAAAAGUGCGCACAUCAACUACUUAAGAAACAGGACCAUCUUUUUUAAAGGGAUACACACCUGAAAACAAACUUAACACACACAAAAAAAUACUAAACACGAAAAUCGGUUUAAAUAAUUUGAUAUAUGUAUAUAUCACUUUUUUUCUUCCAUUCAGAACAUGCUCACAAGGUACCAAACACUAUUUGCAUGCUGCAUUAAGCACUAUUGGGAUUAUUGUGAGAUAUGCGCAUGCGUCAGUGUGGUUCAUUGCAUUUUUUCCAUGCGAUUACUUACACUGUUAUUAAUGUAGUUUUAAAAUGUGAAAUGAGAUGUACUUUUAAAACAUCAAAACACAUCUCAAAAUAAUGCAACAUUCAGCAUGACACCGUACUUAAUACUUUUAGAUGUGUCGUGCAUUUAUACGCAGAGAAGAUUAAAUUACUUCUGGAUCUGGCUAGCCUGCGCAGUGAACUAUAUAAUAUUUCAGUUUUGAGGUGGCUGAUGAUGGCAUGGCGUAGUAAAACAAUAUAACAAGACCUUGUUUUUCUCCAUGGAUAUUGUGAAGCAAAGCUAAGAAAAAGUAAGUUAUUGCUUUUCUUAUUAUUAUUUAUUUCUUAGCAGACACCCUUAUCCAGGGCGACUUACAAUUGUUACAAGAUAUCACAUUAUUUUUUACAUACAAUUACCCAUUUAUACAGUUGGGUUUUUACUGGAGCAAUCUAGGUAAAGUACCUUGCUCAAGGGUACAGCAGCAGUGUCCCCCAGCUGGGAUUGAACCCACAACCCUCCGGUCAAGAGUCCAGAGCCCUAACCACUACUCCACACUGCUGCCCUUUUCUUAUGUAAAUAUCUGUUAACGUCUAUAUGUAUAUAUGUUUCAUAUUGCAAUUUUGUUAUUAUAUUUUUCUGUGUUUUGGAAGACUUUGAUAUUAUUGAUAUCGAAAUACGUGCACAAUAUCAAUAUACAAUUUUCAUAUUGAUGCCCACCCCUAGUUCUAAUGCAAUAACAGAACUCUGUAGAAGUAUUGAUGCAGAUCAUGUUGCCUGCUUCUUCUUUCUAGCAUUUCCAAAAAAAAAAUCUGUUUUUUCUUCCCCCCAAAUAUAUUUAAAAAAACCUGAAUAAAUCACACUUCCAAAAGUAUUGAACCCUUUCGAGGGUCAGACCCUCUUAAAGUGCCCCAAACCACCUGACACUCAUGUAUGUAUUCUGAAAUCCUCAACAACGUGUAUGCAAAAGAUAACAAGUGACAAUCUGUGGACAUCCUUGAGGGUCAGGACACUGGUCAGGGCAGAACAUGCUGGGAAACGUCUUUACAACCAUGGUGAGAGUCUUUGAUUUGUGUAAUAACAGAAUUCCUUUCAAUGUCAGCAGGGAUGUGCUGGCAGCAGCUUUGAAAAUGUCCAGCUUUUUCAAAUGUGUGGCAUUGAUUGAGCGAGUUAGGAUCCUGGAUACAACACCAAUCACAACUCAGAUCAAGGGUAGGGCUAGAGGUCAUUCAUUCACUUCCACAACAACACAAGGCUUUCAUGUGUUGCUUCAUCGCUGUGAUUCACAGCAGAAGAGACUGAGCCCAGUUUUUUUGAUAACCCUGCGACUAUGUUUACAUGCAAAAGUAUUAGGCAUGCACACACAUUUGAAUUUGUUUUUCGUUGACUCCAUCAACGUACCUCAACAGUUAGUAUGGUAGCGGCUGAUUUCAGAGCUGCUGUUGAUUUAGGUAGGGCAAUCCAAGAUUAGUGUCAACCUGGGGCUGUGAAACCAGCCAUAAGGGUUUGGUUUCCAGUAUUUUUGGAUCUCUAAAAAUAAUACUGCCUUGCCAUUUUCUUUGAAAUGAAACUAUAUCACCUAGGUUCAAGAUCAACAGUAUGUAGUAUUGAGGAAACAGAUGCUGUUUUCUGUGCUGCCAUUUUCACUCUUUUGCCUGAAAGAAAACAUACAUGCAAAUAAAUAGUUAAACUUUAAAUUUAAAAAAAACUAAAAGUGGAUGUUUAAAUGGGAAUUGCAUUGAUAAAAUGGCACUAAGGUGACUGGCUAGAGAGAAAUAGUUAAUAGUGGGUUCCACUUUCACUGCUCCAACUAUGCAUCUCAAUACCAAAAUCUUCAGGAGAGCCAAAAGACAUGCACUAUAGGUAAGGCUUCUCCUCCUGUGACAGCCUUAGCGAUUUCAUUGUGUAACCCGUGCUUUUAAUACACAUGCAGUGUUAUUCAUUGCUGUUCAAAUCAAAGCCUUUCAGGCAAAGAAAUGGUACCAAGUAUUUCCAGCUAUAGAGAACUGGGAUAGACUUGUAUUAAAUGCAGAAUAUAGCACACCUACUGCAAACUCAUGCUGUGAGUUUAUGGGGUUGGAUUCAAUAAAAAAAUACAGCGUCACGUUCUUUACCUUUUCCUGCGAUUCAAUCAAACGGACAUGUCUCUACAUCCCAAACAAUCUGCCGCUCUGAUUGCUGCAGACAUCUUGAGUAUUAAUAGGUUGUUUUUAUUAAAAUGGAUUCAGGGUCUUUUUUUCUUUCACCAUGUAAAUGUGGUAUUCUAAUAAUCCCUGAAUUAAAUAGAGAGAUACGCGUGUGCUCAACUGAGGAGCACCCCUGCUGUAGCUUGGGCUUUAUGUGGCAGGGACAGGGUUCAAACUCCCUAUCCCUGGUCCCCUGUAAGAAAGCUGUCAGGAUAAACUGGACAGAUACUGCAUAAAGGAGGGACUGGGAGACAUCUCCCUGGCUCAAUGUGAGCAGAUGCUUACUGUAUGUACCGUACCUUACAACAUACAUGCUAGGGUGUGUGUGUGCUGAAACACCUGGCCCAGCCUUAAAGGGACAGAACAUUUGAUUUUCAUUGUGCGUUAUUUUGAAAAUAAAAAUGCACCUGACCUUCUGUUGCCCUGACUCGCCCCCCCCCCCGGCCAGAAUUUGAUUGUAUUUUAUGAUUGAAUCCAUGUUUCUGAACCAGGUCUUAUAGCACUCCUAUAUUUACAGGGGUGUUAGGAUUUCCUUAUUCAAUUCAGGCCUUUCAGUAUUUGUUCAAAUGACCACUGGAUUUGUACUAUAUAUUAAAAAGUGUAAUAUUCAAGCCAGUCCACCUGAUGCAAGCUUGAUUUAACCUGUGCUUUACUUUAUAUUUACAAGCUUAAAUAACCCAUUAUUUAAUUCUGAAUGCAAAACUAUUAGCCUACAUAUCCAGGACUGUUUGGUUUUAAGCAGUCUAAUUGCAUUUUCUGUUUUUGUUGUUGUUGUAUUGGUUAUAGUGUUAUUGUCAUUAUGUCUUCAAGUGAAUUGUUCUGAAGAAAUUUCUGAUUUAAGUGUUUACCUCUUCUGUUUCUCUCUUGUUUUGUUUGUUGGUUAUUGGAUGUAAACAGUGUGUUGUUUUACCAUGCAUAACGUUUUGAAUUUCCACUGUACUUUCAAUAAAAAAUAAAAAGAUACUUAAAUGAGUUA